AUGACAGUAACAUAUACAAGUCGUGUGGCCAAUGCCCGCCUGUGCGGGUUUUCCAAGCUGUUGUUGCAGUGGAAGGGCAGCAUAUACAAAUUACUGUACAAGGAGUUUCUCAUCUUCAUGCUGCUCUACCUCAUUCUCAGCUGCAUCUACAGGUUUAUGCUGAAAGAGAGCCAAAAGCGUUUUUUUGAGAAAAUGGCCAUCAACUGCAACAAUUAUGCUGAUCUAAUCCCAAUGUCAUUUGUACUCGGGUUCUACGUGAGUCUGGUUGUGUCACGUUGGUGGAACCAGUAUCAGAACAUGCCUUGGCUUGACCGCCUCAUGUGUACGGUUUCCUGUCAUGUCCAAGGCACAGACGAGUAUGGCAGGAUGCUGCGAAGGACGUUAAUGCGCUAUGCAAACCUCGCCUCUGUUCUCACUUUCCGUUCGGUCAGCACUGCCGUCUACAAGCGCUUUCCCACCAUGAGACACAUGAUGGAGGCAGGUUUCAUGACUCCAGAUGAGCACAAAAAGUUUGAAAGCUUGAAUUCACCUCACAACAAGUUCUGGGUUCCCUGUGUAUGGUUUGUCAAUUUAGCGGUGAAAGCAAGGAAGGAAGACCGAAUCAGUGACUAUGUAUCGUUGGCUCAUAUCUUCAGAGAAGUACACAGCUUGCGCAGCCAGUGUGAGAAGCUGUACAGUUAUGACUGGAUCAGCGUUCCCCUGGUCUACACACAGGUUGUCACCAUUGCAGUUUACAGCUUCUUUCUGGCAUGCCUAAUCGGGCGGCAGUUUCUUGAUCCCAGUCAAGGAUAUCCAGGCCACGAACUCGACCUUUACAUCCCUGUGUUCACCCUUCUACAGUUUUUCUUUUAUGCGGGCUGGCUUAAGGUGGCUGAACAGUUAAUUAACCCUUUUGGUGAAGAUGAUGAUGACUUUGAGGCAAACUGGCUCAUCGAUAGGAAUUUCCAAGUUUCGCUCCUGGCAGUUGAUGAGAUGCACCAGAACCUACCAGCUCUUGAAAAGGACAAAUACUGGGAUGAUAGUAACCCUAAGCCUCCAUACACAGUUGCAACAACUGAACACUGGAAACCUUCCUUCCAUGGCUCCACUUUUGACACCAGCAUGCUUAAAGAGGAGAUGGAAUUCCAACCUCUCGAGCAAAUCAAUGAGAAUGAGGAAGUAAACCAUGCCACCCCACUUCUGAGUAACUUGGGCAGACUGCUAGGAGUUCAAGCAACAAACUUCCAGAACAUUUCCAGGUCUACUCCCCGAAUCAAUCUGUCGAGGAAGAGGAACAGCACGUUUUUACCAGCUUCAAUGUUCAGCUUCCUGAGCUCAGAAUCAACACCCAAUGGGUUUCACAAGUCAGGGCCUCUUCCUCCCAACAGACCUUUUGCAAAAAUUCACCGAGCCUCCUCCUCCUCCCAUUCACCUUUCGGUUCCACUCAAGGUUGUGCUGCAAUGGAUAGUGAGGCAAGGGAUUAUGACAGCUUCAUAUCCUCCUCACUUUAUGAAAGGCCUGGCUACUACAGUGCACCACAAACACCCAUUCAAUCCAUACCCAUGACAUUCCCGCUCAAAUGGAUUCCCAAGAAACCCUCCAAGCUAACCAACAUUUCCGCCUUCCCUACCGGAAACGAAGGAAGUAACAGUAGUACGUUGGCCUCAAAAGCUGAAGAGCUGGACAAACACAUCAGCAUUAAUACAGACAAAAUUGCUCCCCUUAAUGAACCGCCUGAGAAAAUUAUAACAGAGGACAGCAGUCAAGUUGUAGCUGAACUCACCGCAGACAGUCGGACUCUGGUGUCUGCGAUUUCCGCACUCACGGCUGCCGUCCGCGAACUUACUGUGAACAGCCAGCAUCAGCUGACAGCCAUUAACGUUCUCGUCAGCUCUAUUCAGCAACUUCAGGCUGCCUCAGUCCCACUCCCAGCAUCUCGCAGGUCCUCCUUUUCUGCUGCUCUGACUAUUUCUGCUAUGAAUGCUCCCACUCCCACGCCCGGACCAGAGCCAACUCCCACGACCGUACAGGAACCGAGUAUUCCACACAAGGCAGUCAUUCUGGUGAUCCUGGUGGUUGCAGGAAUUUUAUUACCCAAUGCGAGCUGA